CCUACCAUCUCCACCCCCUAGAUGUGGAUCCAACCCCGCCCCCUGGAUCUUUGUUCUGUAGCGAGGGGCUACUGGGAAGAGCAGUUUUAUUCAGAUCAGUUCUCUGACAGUCUUACCGUAACAUGAAGUUUAUGCGCGACCCUCGAAAUAGCGUGGCGGCUAGAUUGACCGUGCUUUUCGACUUGGCGGCUGGCCUGACCGCAGUGUGCUAGCAUCGUGUUGGAGCAGCCAUGAAUGCAGCUUUGAAAGAACUGCGCAACCUGCCCGCCCCCGCCAAAAUCAACCUGUUUUUGCACAUCACAGGUCGCCGCGCCGAUGGUUAUCACUGGAUUGAAUCGGUCUUUCAGCUCAUUGACUGGCAAGACACUGUGCAUCUCAGCUUGCGUGAAGACGGACAGAUCUCUCGCGAAGAUCUAGUUUCUUGCGCAGGAGCAGAACUCCCCCCAGGCGACCUCUGCAUUCGAGCCGCCCGAGCCCUGCAACAAGCCACGGGCUGCACCUUAGGCGCACACAUCCAACUUGAAAAGCGCAUCCCUGCUCAAGCGGGCAUGGGCGGCGGCUCAUCCGAUGCGGCGACUUGUCUUUUAGGCCUUAAUCGCCUAUGGAAUCUGAAUCAGCCGCUCUCAACAUUAGAGCAAAUUGGCCUCUCUCUAGGUGCUGAUGUACCCUUCUUUCUGCGCGGCAGGAACGCCUGGGUCAGCGGCAUCGGUGAGCAGAUCGAGCCCCUCAGCGAUGGCAUCCUGCCUACCAGUCAGGCAUUGGUCAUCAUCAAGCCGAAAAACGGCUUAUCGACAGCAGCGAUUUUUGGUCACGAAGCCUUGAAGCGCGAUACGCCACAUGCUAUACUCGCGGUCUUUGCUGAGAAUCCUUACGGCUUUGGCCGCAAUGAUCUCCAGACUGUUGCCGAGCUGAUCGAGCCGCAAUUGUGUCAAGCUCUUGCGGUUUUAGAGAAGCAGGGCUUAAAGCCGCGCAUGACAGGCUCUGGCAGCGCGGUGUUUGCGCGGUGUCCGGCUGAUUUCCAGCUCGACGCAAGCUCAAACCCGCUGGGCUGGCAGCAAAAGGUUUGCAAGACACUCGCUGAGCAUCCAUUGGUUGGCUGGGCCGUUUAGCAAACGCUGCAUGUUUUC